AUGCGGCUAGUCUCUGACACACUGCUUGACGAGAAGCGCGCCGCCCGAAGGAGUCUCCUGGAGGGACAGGGCUCCCCACACCGCCCUCACAAAGCACCCAAGUCCGCAGAUGGCUCUCUGAAGCUGAGCAACAUCUCCGAGUGGGAGGCCUCUGCCUCGAGCCCGGUCCAUACCCUCGCACGGACAGUCCUCCCGCUCAGCGACCUCAGCGUGCUGCAGCGCAGGAGUGUGCACGUCAAGGACAGUCCUCAUGUGUUCAACACGGAGGUUGAGUUCAAGACGGCACCCAUCGCGAACCAGAGGCAGAGCGGGCGUUGCUGGUUGUUCGCGUCCACGAACGUCCUGAGGUACCCGAUUAUGAAGAAGCUGAACUUGAAAGAGUUCGAGCUGUCCCAGAGUUACCCCUACUUCUACGACCACCUUAACAAGGCGAACUACUUCCUCGAGCUGGCCAUCGAGGAUCCCGAGCUCCCUCUUGACUCCCGUCUCUUCUCGACGCUGUCGCGAGACAUGAUCUCCGACGGUGGUCAGUGGGACAUGGCUGUGAACCUGUUCGAGACGUACGGCGUCGUUCCGCAGGACAUCUACCCCGAGACGGUGCACACGAGCCUCUCCGCGCCGAUGAACAAGCUUCUCAAGACCAAGGUCCGCGAGCACGCGCUGGUCCUCCGCAAACUGGCGGCGUCGCUCAAGUCCGACAACCUCAGCAAGGACGAGCUCGUGGCGUCCCUUCGCGCGAAGAAGGAGGAGCUGAUGGCGGAGACGUACCGGAUUAUCACAGCAACAAUGGGGCUCCCGCCGAAGCCGGACGAGAAGUUCGUCUGGGACUACUACGACAAGGACGGCAAGUACCACAAGUGGGAGGGCACGCCCGUCGAGUUCUACCAGCAGUUCGUUGGGAAGCAGCCUGCUGAGAGCUUCUCGCUGAUCAACGACCCGCGGAACCCAUACAACACGUUGUACACGGUUGAUAAGCUCGGCAACCUGUGGGGCGGUCGGCCAGUACUCUACGUUAACACUGAGAGCGAGAAAAUGUCCUCAACGGUCGUCAAGCUGCUCAAGGCAGGACAGCCGGUCUUCUUCGGGUGCGACGUCCUGCAGCAGGAGGACCGGCAGCGCGGCAUUCUCGACCUCGACCUGUUCGACUUCGAGACGCCGUUCGACAUCAAGCUGAGCCUGAGCAAGGCGGAGCGGCUUGCGCUCGGCGAGUCGUCGAUGACGCACGCGAUGGUGUUCACGGGCGUGCACCUCGACGAGAACGGCAAGCCGCUGCGGUACAAGGUCGAGAACGCGUGGGGCACGAAUAUCGGAAAGGAGGGCUGGUUCGUCAUGACGCAGGAGUGGUUCGAGCAGUUCGUUUAUCAGGUCGUUGUGCCGAAGUCGUUUGCACCAAAGGAGCUCGUGAAAGUACUGGAGGCGGGCAACCCGACGGUGCUUCCUGCGUGGGAUCCCAUGGGUGCUUUGGCAUAG